AUGCUCCAUAUAAUUACACAUUUACUUCUCUGUACCGUUGCUACAGCUUGGCCCAUUGGUAGAAAACAACAACUUCCGCAACAGACUGCACCCUAUGCAAGAAUUCAAACUCUACAAGGUCGUAUAAUCGAUUCUGAUUCAUCUCAGCUGGUCAAAUCUCUCUACGAACACGUCCUAACCUUCAAUGCAGCUCCAUCAGGUACUUUACACCAAUCUCUAGAUGACCUUUCACAGGCCAUUGAAUUAAAUUUAGCGACAGCGGCCAUCCUAAACACUACUUCCUCGAGCGUUGCGACCUUAGAAUACUUCACAAGACUACAAAUAGCUGCGCAGGAGAUUAAUUCACAUUCUCUUUUUGUAAAGAACCGCUUUUCACCUUCAUAUUGGGCAUUAGAAGUUCCCUUCCAGUUUACCUUCAAAUCUACAAUAGCAUACCGCUGCUGGCAAUUGAACAAUUUACAGAAUCAUGCUAUACAUAACUACAAUGGGUCUUUACUACUACAAGAGACAUUUGACAAAGUACGAGAUAUUACCAUUUUACUAGAGGCCUCGGUCUAUAUGUUAUCUCAAUUGAAAACAUUGGGGUUCCAGCAGUUGUACCAGACAUGCCAACCGAUCUUAACCAAUUUCUUCCAACCUCUACUGCAAAAACCCCUUUCACAAGAAAAUCUGCACUCUUUACAAGAUCAACUCAAUUCCCUAGCAGAAAAUGAUCUGUCAAGACAUCGAUAUUCGGAGUUGGCAUUGGCAUCAUUUCUAGUGAUACUAUUAGCUUCAUCCACAAUAUCGUUGAUACCGCUUAUGUGUAAGCAACACAGUGAUCGAUUAAUGCUGACUAGAUGCAUUCUCUACCUAGUGGGCAUGACUUGGUUCCACAUGAUGGUUUUCUUUUUGUAUUUUUGCAAAUUGCGCAGGGACUUUGAGAUGUAG